UGUAAUCUUAUAUUUUAUUGCAAGAAUUUUUGUUUUGACCGCUGUUUGAUUUUUGACAGCUGCCGGUGUUUUCUUUUUGUAAAAUAAGCGCGUAAAUUAUUGAUUAUUGUUAUAAUUGUGGAAAUAUUUCACAAUAACAACUUUAAACUCGUUUGUUUAUAUAUUUCUAAUCAUUUAAAUUGUAUUUUUGAAUAUUUAAAUGAUUUUGUUUGACAUAUUUACUACCGCCAUCUUGCGUUGUGUGUAUAACUGGUUGCCGCACGUCCUUGAACGCCAGUUUUUGGGUGUUUGUGAUGUUAGGUGAAGACCUGCAGAUUCUAAAUCGAAUGAAAUAGUGCGAUUCCACCCUCGUGUACAUCCCAAAAGGUGUGUUAAUCUAAAAAUGAUUGAUCUACGAUCAACGUGAUGUAGUUUACAUCAUCAUAACCGCUAGAAUGUCGAAGAAAUGCAAGAAAAGCGACGCGAAUUCUUCCUCCUCACCCAUGGCGAUGUCGAGGUCAGAUAAAAAGCAUUCAAAGGACGCAAAAGACUCCAAAACCAAACCAGCCUCCAGUGAUUCUAAACUCAGCGCUGUUAUUGGCUCCGCCAACGUGAAACGCUGGAUUCAAUUCAGGAAUUCAUCAAAGUGUCAGAACAAUGAGGAAUUUGUUAAACUGCUACUGGAUCUUGCAGAGAAACAUCUCAUCAAAAAUACUUCCAAAUGUGCAAACAAAGAUGGUAACCAUGGCAACAGUGAUGGUGACAAUGAGCAGAAACAAAAGCCAACACAAAAACAACCUGAUGUUUCUCCUGGUAAGCAAAAGAAGGAACACAAACAUAAAAAGCGAAAAUCCGACGCCUUGAAGCAACCUGCACAAAAUGUCGAAUCUAUUCCUAAACCUAGUAUCAUGGUUAACAUUUCCAAUGAUUUGUUAACACCUCUACAAGUUCCUCCAGUGCAAACUCAACAAAAACCAGCAAGUCAAGUUUUAUUGAUUGAAAACAUUGUUAAACCAGUUGUAAAACAAGCAGAAAUUAAUAUUACCGACAUUAAGAUGAAAGAAACAAGUGAAAAAGUUGAUAAAAAGUUGAAAUUGAAAGAAACUGAGCAUGAUACAAGGAAAGCACCUGAAUUAUUACAACAAGAUGUGAAAGAUAUCAUGUUAACAUCAACUCCUACUGUAAAAUCAACAUCAGCGUCACCAGAAACGUUAAUUAGUAAUAAUUCUACUUGUCCAAGCUGUGAAACUGAUCAUUUACCAACUGAACAUGAUCAGUGUCUGAUAAAACAUCCGAAAAUGUUUAUAAACGACAGUAUUACGCUUGAAACUUAUCAGAAUUCACUAAAUAAUGAAGAUGAUGAGAUUGUGGAGUCCUAUGCAUUGAAAUCAUUCCCUCCAGGGUUGAAAUUAGAUGAUGUUAAUCAAUCUGGAUGGGAAGGGCAACAAGGCGUGUUUUGUACGCAGCUUUUCGAUGCGUUUACACAGUUUGGACCGCUUGUAGCGCCCACAAUCAAAGAAGUAGAUGUUCCUGAAGAUUGCACUAUGCGUUUUAUGUUUGAGAUUAUCAAGGGUGAAACAGAUCGGGUGUAUUUCAACGCGGAGAGUGAGGAUGAGAGUAAUUGGAUUAGAUAUUUACGGCCUGCGGCGAAUAGAGAACAGCGGAAUAUGUUGGUGGUGCAUAAAGAGAAUUAUUUGUAUUUUAUUACAACUAGGAGUGUCACUAAAGGAGAGGAACUUGUUUACUGGCAGGAUGAUUUUAGUGGGAAUAAAAAGAAAAUGGAGAAGACUACUUGUGGUGGUUGUAAUAUGACAUUUCAACAUCCACUGUAUUAUCGUAUACAUUGUUCGGUGUUCCAUGAUGUCCGUUAUAGUCUAACUAUAAGGAAAUAUCACUGCAAAGUGUGCGGGGCUGCUGUGUUAGGUAAAGAGAAUAUUAUGAAACACGCUAGUGAGUUGCACAACGGCCAGGGGGCGUAUCAGUGUCAAUUUUGUAAAAAGUAUUUCUUAAGAUUAAAUUAUCUCGAAAUGCAUCGCACUUAUGGUUGUUCAGCGAAUCCGCAUCGAUCGCGACCUCUGUGCGACUUUUGCGGGCGGAAAUUCUGUCAACCGCAGAAAUUAAAAGUGCAUAUUAAACGUAUGCACAGUGAUAUGUCGGAAGUAUUAAAAGAAUUCCAAUGCAAAAACUGCAUGAAACUACUUGGUUCUCGCGCUGCCCUCCAGCGACAUUUUAAAGAAGUUCAUCAGAAGCAGAUGGACGGCGCAUGCGCGUGUAGUAAAUGCGGUAAAACGUUCCAGAACAAAAGUAAUCUCAAGAUUCACAUGUUAACACACAGUGGGAUUAAACCAUUCAGAUGUAAUCAAAGCACAUGCGCCGCUGCAUUCACAACAAAACAAUGUCUACAAUUCCACUACAAGAAAGUGCAUGGCUACACAGAGGACAUGAUGCCGAAAAUUGAACGUAGCGUGGAUUACACUUUCGAAGCUUACAGUGGUAAUCCAGAUGAUGAUCUACAGGAAGCCAUCUUGGACUCGCAAAAGACUGACACAAACGCAAUCACAACGGACGUCACAGAAGUUUUAACCAAUCAGGUUAAACCUGAUGAGGAGUUAGAGAUUGAAGAGACGACAAUACGUCUCACCGACCAAUCAUCGAGCUCUGCAUCGAAUUCAACCCCAGCUCCAAGUCCACCUAACAUGGAAUCCUACGCGCCGAAUAUUAAAAUUCUCACCAAAGGAUCCAAGAAAUGGAUUGGCGAACAAGACGUGUACGCGCAGGAUAUGCAACCCAAUGAGCAUCAAACAAUCGCACCUAGUGUAACCAACAUAGGUUACAAUCGCCAUGAAUCCAACGCUAGUUUAUUGGUCGAAGCAGCGUUGGACUCAGUCUGCAGCGAACCUAAUAUAGACAUAGAUGUCGCCACCACGCCAUGCGCCGAAUCACUAGUUAAUAAUUUAUAUACUUUGUCGAAUGUGAACGUACACGACGUGCACGAUAACGAUUCGCUGGCGGAUGUAACCUAUUCACAAUCAGUUGAUGUGACGGAUUCGCGCGAUAUAAAUCUCAUUAGUCCGUCGGUCAACGAGCAGAUUUCUGUUACGGACGACAUUGAUGAAUUGCGCCAUGGUCAAUCAAUGGGAAUCGACUAUUCUAGUUUCCAUCAGGAGGACUUUAGUCCGCCGAACUCACCGCGAAACUUCCGAGAUUACAUUCAAUCAUCACCGCAAGCUAUGCAACACAACAAUCACAACCAUACGCAGCAUAAUGUUGCUAGUCCGCCACGUUAUGAUUUCGGGUCGGCUGUGGUCAAUCCCGAGUCGGAUGAUUCUAAUAACGGUAUAGGUGUGCAGAAUUUAUCUCUACACGCUGAUAAUGUCACAAAUAAUACCCGUGACGGUAUACAAUUAGACCUUUCGAUUUAUAAAUCGCAUUAUGCGUUCGAUUCUUCGUUUUUACGGAAAGACACGAAGAGAUUCGAAGUUAUAGAUGUGACAGAUCAUGAUCAUAACCACAAAAGUUACCUCAUAGACAAUGAGGAUACGAAUAAAUUUAGUCUUAACGGUAAUGUGGAUAAUGAUAACCUAGACAGCGAAUUGAAAGACUUUGAAGGCAUGGAAGACGCGGAUGUUGACGGAGAUGUAAAUGAAGAUGGUAAAAGCGAUAAAGAUUUAGACUUGUCAAUGCGGUCGAGUGUAACAGUACCGGAUUUACGCUCUAAAUUUGAAUUGGAUCUUGAUUUGCGAAAAACUUAUGAAAUGGACGGUGAAAUGCGCAGGUCCUAUACUGAUUCACUAGAUGACUUCAGAAUGAAGUCUUAUGACCUGGAUAACCUUGACGCGUUGCGCAGUAACCUUGAAAGAAAAACUUAUGAAAGUUUGAUUGAAGAUUUCCGCACUGAUCGUAAUUUUGAACCUUUGGUUCUUAAUCCUUCGGAAUUACAAGGAUUAGACAUGUCUGCGCGAGGUUAUCAUAACUAUCCUAACCUCAAUAGAUAUCAUCAUUUAUAUACGGAGGUAGAUCGACCUACGGUGGAUCUGAGGUUGAAUUAUUCCCCGCCGCCGCCGCCACCUGCGUAUACACAUCCAGAUAUACUUCGGGUUUCGCUGGAUCUUGCGCAGCCGCGACACAGCGUUGAUUUGAGUCUGCGCUCACAGAUUGCUAAUUCUAGAUUAUUGGGCCUGGAUCAAGGGCGGUUAUUACCGGGGGAUUUGACUGUUUCCGCGCCGAGACACAUUUCGGAUAUGUCGAAUCGUAUCCUCUCGGAUCACACGACGAAUAGGUUAUUGGGUAAUGAUCAACUCGGUGCGCAGCGUAUGCUGCAGGAUGAUAGACUUUUGGAGCAGCCUAGGUUGUUGGAGCAGAAUAGAUUGAUGGGUAAUGGUGCAAUGUCACCGGUUUCCUAUUCGGGUUAUUCUGUUUCGCCUAGUCCGUAUCAUCCGACUGCGUUGCCGCCUCGGCCGCAUGUUACUUCACCAACGCCAGCGCCCUAUCAUCAUUACUCGGCUUAUUAUUGAAUUUCGUACUCGUACUGAUUGUUUUCUAGUCAUUUGGUUCAGAUUAUGUGCCAAAAUAUACUUGUUUCUAUGGA